AUGGAUCUGAAGGCUUCCAAACAGGACACGGCGACACCUCUUUCGUGCGGUAAUGGCGAAGGCGAAGGCGAGGGCGUGGGCGAGCAGAGGGGGAAGAGGACGAAGAGAGAAGGAGAGGGAAUCGAUGGCUAUCAGACGAGAGGAAGCGGUGUGAUGAGCCUUUGGAGGGACUACCGACGACUCUCUUCCCAGCACGAUGUAAAUGGGUGCACUGCGAUGCGAUGCCCUGUAAGAAUGCCAGAGUGCAGAGUGCCCACGCACGAAAAAAGUGAGUGCGAACUAGUGGCCAACAGCCCUGGACAAGACGGGCGGACUUUGAAGUACGAAGUAACUGUACCCCUACCAGUAGAGCCCUGGAGCCUGGGAGCCCUGGAGCCAGCCAAAUCCUUCCGCACCAACCAUUUCCCCAAUGCAUCAGCCAGUCACAGGAGCCGAGUAA